AUGACGACUUAUAUCCCCUAUCUCACGAUACCCCGCGAGGUAUUCGAGAAUGCCGCCGCCUCCAUCCUACUGCCCAUUGCGCUGGGCACCGGCGUGGGCUUCAGCACGAGACCCUCCAAAACCCAAGAUACCUACCGUCUCAUGAAGCAACCUCCUCUGCGGCCCCCGCCCCAAGUCUUUGGCCCCGUAUGGACGCUCCUCUACGGCCUCAUGGGCUACGCCGCCCACCGCGCCGUCACCGCGGGCCUGAACCCCUUGACCUCGAGCGUGGCGGGCGUACAGACGGCCAAGCACGCCGCCACCUUGUACUCGGUGCAGCUGGGCCUGAACCUGGCGUGGAUGCCGCUCUUUUUCGGCAUCCGCAAGCCCGCCGUCGCUCUCGCCGACAUUGCCGCCCUCGUCGGUAUCAAUGUCUACCUGGCCCGCCUCUUCUUCUCCCUCGACGAGACGGCCGGCUGGCUCUACGUUCCCUACCUCGCCUGGCUGGGCUUUGCGACCUACCUCAAUGCUGGUGUCGGCAUUGUCAACAACUGGAGGAUCACGGAUGAGGAUCUGCUCAAGGGAAAGAACAAAUAA